ACCCCAAAACCCUAGUCCCCGUACUAGGGAAGACCGUCCGAUGCGGCUCUCGCCGCUUUCAACGCAGAUCUAGGUCGGCACCCAAUUCUCAUCGUUUCCAAAGCUCUGGCGUUCAAACAUCCUUCUCCGGGCUUUGAAUAACACUUGAGGAGAAAUCAUUGAAAUUAGCACACAACUGUUUUGACGUUUGUGACAUACAUCGACGAUGGCAUAAGUUAUCCUGUGAGUGAGCAGAAAUUCCUUCUCUAACAAGUUUUUGCUCAGAAGAUAGUUCAGAAUUUUUCACUAACAAUUUUAUGAUCAUGAAGAAUUAUGAAUUAAUCAUGUAAAAUUUGGUAUUUGUUCUCUCUAAAUUAUUUUGCUUUUUUCUGCCUUGGUGGCCUUGUUAGCUUCUCAAGGAAACUUUUGGAAUCGGGGCAUAAUGAUUUUCUUUGUUAGACUCGUUCUUCAGUAUGUUAUUUUUCUUUUUGUGUCAUCGCUUCAACAAUGAAUAUGUUAAUUUCGUGAUGAAAGGCUGGGAAUAGUUUUUUGAGUGUUUUUUGAAGCCGAUUUUGUAAGUUUCUUGUGGCUAAAAGAAAAGUGAGUCCCGUGUAACAAACUGAUUCGUGAAGGCACUGGUUAUUGGCAAUGAACGGUAACGAGUGGCUAUGGAAAUACUUGAAAUGCCUUCAGCAGUGACCAUCAAAAUUAAAAUAAAACAUACGGAUGAAGUAAAGUAUAAGUUGUGGAAAUAGUAGAAGAAAAGUAAGCCCCUAACUUGAUGGAGCGCACAAGUAAAAUCAUUUGGAGCCAUAAUCAUCAUUCGCUAAUUUAUAAGAAGAAUAAUUCAAAAAUAACUUCAUUAUUUAAUAUAAAAGCGUAUCUAGUAGCAGAGGGGUGAAGUGAAAUUUUCUGGUUUCUUUCUAAAGAGAAAAAUAAGUUGAGUUGAUAAAUAGGAAUGAUGGAAACCCCAAAAAGAAAGAUAAUAAAUAAAUAAUGAGAAGCAAGGAUAGAUGAAUGCCAUUUCAAGUGUGCGUAAGCCUCAUGCGACCCUUUAAAACACUAAUACUUAAGUCAUAGGGGCUGGACGUAACACCGCCUCAAACCCUGAUAACACUCUUGUUGAGUAGCACGAAAAACACAAUCUCUCUCUUUAAAGGCGGCAAUUGUAGCGAUGGCAAGCAUCGAGCCCGAUCACUGAGAAGAGGAGGAGGCUGCAGCCAAAGAUGUAGACACGGGAGCACAGAUUGCGCCGAUCGUCAAGCUUGAUGAGGUCGCCUUUAACACUGGCGAGGAGGAUGAAGAUCUGAUUCUCGAUAUGAAAGCAAAGUUAUAUAGAUUUGAUAAGGAUGGGAACCAGUGGAAGGAUAGAGGCUCUGGCACUGUUAAGUUCUUGAAACACAAGGAGACCGGAAAGGUCCACCUCGUUAUGCGCCAAUCCAAGACUCUCAAGAUCUGUGCCAAUCAUCUCGGUUGUUACUUCUCGUCUCAGUUAUAAUCAAUAUACUUUCUGUUUUUGUAUUCUUUCAGUCUGGUUAAAUGGUUAUUGCCUUUGUGUUUUGCAAUUUUACCUAAUUUGACCGUGCAAGAACACGCUGGCAAUGAGAAGUCGUGUGUUUGGCAUGCAACUGUUUUCGCCGAUGGUGAAUUGAAGAAAGAGCUAUUCUCCGUCCGAGUCGGAUGUAUUGAGAGUGAGUAUACGUUUACCUUUUUGUCAUUUUUUUAUUUGUUGUGCUGUGACAGUAAUGAUGUUUGAACUUUGAAGUGGUUGUAUGAUAAUUGCUUGCCUGAUAAGGUUGUAUAUAAAUUGAUCUAGAUUAUCGUUGAUAUCCAUGUCUGGUAUUGGUGUUUCCUUUUUUA